UGUCCUGAGUUACCUGUCGGGUCUCACCUGGUUCCUGCUGCUCCCUGCCCUGGCCCCCCGCACGUACCUGUCCGAGAACGCCAUGGGCUCCACCAUGGUGGGGGAGGGCUCCGAGCUCGGCCCCCGCGCCCUCAGCCUGGCCCGGGAGUUCGGGGGGCACAAGAGGAAACUGGUUCGGGGUACCAAUGUCUUUGGGGUCCUGCGCGCCCCCCGCUCCCCCAGCACCGAGGCUCUGCUGCUGCUCGUGCCCUGCUCCGAGGGCAGCGCCAACAACCAGGCCGUGGGGCUACUGCUGGCCCUGGCGGGCUACUGCCGGGGUCAGAUUUACUGGGCCAAGGACAUCAUCUUCCUGCUGAGUGACCACGACCUGCUGGGGACACAGGCCUGGCUGGAGGCCUACCAUGACCUCAACCUUACUGGGAUCAGCUCCGGGGGUCUCUCGGGCCGGGCCGGGGCCAUCCAGGCCGCGCUGGCGCUGGAGCUGAGCUCGGACGUGCUGACCAGUGUGGACGUGGCCGUGGAGGGGCUGAAUGGACAACUGCCCAACCUGGACCUGCUCAACCUCUUCCACUCCUUCUGCCAGAAGAACGGGCUGCUGUGCACCUUCCAGGGACAGCUGCCCCCCCCGGAGGGCCCCUCGGGUCCCUCUUUCAGCCACAGCCUGCGGACCCUGGGGCUGAUGCUGCUGGGCCAGGCCGGGGGGGCUCCCGGGGGGGCUCACGGGCUCUUCCUGCGCUUCCGCAUCGAGGCCCUGACCCUGCGGGGCAUCAACAGCUUCCGGCAGCACAAGUUCGACCUGGGGGCCCUGGGCAGGACCCUGGAGGGAAUGUUCCGGAAGCUGAACAAUCUCCUGGAGCGGCUGCACCAAUCCUAUUUCCUGUACCUGCUGCCGUCGCUGGCGCGCUUCGUGUCCAUCGGCUCCUACGCGCCCGCCCUGGGGCUGCUGCUGCUCCCCCGCGGGGGGUGUCUGUGGCUGGUGCCCCCCGUGCUGGUGUCGGGGGCUGCGGGGGCUGCCCUGCACCUGCUGCCCGUGCGGGGUCAGGCCGUGGCCACCCAGCACUUCCCGGUGGGCGAGGCCGAGGCCGUGGUGCUGGCCCUGAUCGGGAUCUACGUGGCUGGGAUGGCCCUGCCCCACAGCACCCACAGGUUACCCCUGGCCGUGCUGCUGUUGCUGACGUCCCCAGGUGUGUCGCUGUUCCUGGCGGUGCUGCUGCAGCGGGAGCUGCUGGAGGCCCCCGCGGGCUUGGGCGAGGCCUGGCAGCGAUUCCUGGGGGCUCUGGGCCAGGGGCUGCUGCAGGAGCACCUGCACGGAGCCCACCUGAGCCCCCUCCUCACCCUGGGCGCCUACCCCUGCUGGCUGCUGCUCUGGAACGUGCUCUUCUGGAAGUGA